AUGGCACCCACCGAAAAUAUCGUCUCCAAGCUCACAGUGAAAGAGAAAGUGAGUCUUUUGGCAGCCGUUGACUGGUGGCGCACACCAUCCAUCAAACGAGACGAUGUCUUCGUUCCCCAAAUCAAAAUGUCCGAUGGUCCCAAUGGCGCUCGUGGAGAGAGCUACGUGAGCGGUAUCACAGCAGCUUGUUUUCCCUGCUCAACCGCCAUCGGCGCAACUUUCGACCAAGGUCUCGCAUACCGACUUGGCAAAGAGAUCGCGAAAGAGACCAAGACAAAAUCUGCCAAUGUUCUUCUCGCGCCAACUAUGAACAUCAUCAGAUCUCCGCUCGGCGGGAGAAACUACGAGACCUACUCUGAGGAUCCGUACCUCAUUGGGACUUUGGCAUCGGCUUUUGUUCGUGGCUGCCAGAGUGAGGGCAUAGCAGCCACGCCGAAGCAUUUCGUCGCCAAUGAAUCUGAAAAGUCACGGACCAAGAUGACGUCUAAUAUCGAUCCUCAGACUUUGCGGGAGAUUUAUAUGCUUCCCUUCCAGCUGGUGAUGCGCGAUUCAGAUCCCUGGUGUUUCAUGACCUCGUACAACCGCCUCAACAGAGAGUACUGCGCCGAGAGCCACUGGCUACUAGAAGAAGUGCUGCGUAAAGAAUGGGGAUUCUCAGGUCUUGUGGUUUCAGAUUGGAUGGGAACAUACUCAACUGCUCAAGCCCUCAACUCUGGUCUGGAUCUUGAAAUGCCAGGCCCGACGAGAUGGCGUGGCGAGAAGCUUCUGAAGGACAUCGAAGCUGGUACUGUGACAUUAGAGACUCUCAACAAGAGUGUCAGUAGGGUUCUCGAACUUGCGCAGAAGACUGGUCGCUUUGAAGAUCCAGUUGAGAAGCCAGAGCGUUCGGUAGUAGACCCAGAGCGUCUUGAGUUCAUCACCUCCAUCGCAGCAGAUGGAAUGGUUCUCCUCAAGAACGACGACAACAUCUUACCGCUCCCCUCAAAGGCUUCAGUUGCCGUUAUAGGUCACCAUGCUCUUCAUCCCAGUAUCGGCGGUGGAGGCAGCGCCAAGGUCUUGGCUCAGCACAUCAUCUCACCCCUUGAGGGUCUAAAGGCUCAAGGCGUUGACUGCCGUCAUGCACCGGGAGUUCCGGUUUUUGGUGCCCUACCCCACGCUCAGCCAGAGAUCAUUUCACCUGUUCAACUGCGCUGGUUUAACAGCUCGGCAGUUGGUGAGAACGUCGCUCAUGAGCAGACGAUCGUGUUGCCUGAGUAUAUGAUCAAGGAGGCUUGGCCUGCGUAUCUAAGCAAGGAGUACUGCACUAGUAUGUCUUUUACUCUACGCCCAACGACAAGCGGGGGCCAUGUAUUCUCGGUCAUCACCACCGGCAAGGCAGAUGUGUUUGUCAAUGGCGACAAGGUCUUCCAUCGUCCACAGGAGCCGGUCCUUCUUCCCGAGUCCUUCUACUUCUACAAGGCCAAGAUUGAGCGACGCUUCACCCUCAGUAUGGAAGCUGGUAAGGAGUACAAGAUCGAGCUGCACUCUUGGGCGACUGAUCCUGAGGUUCUCUCCAAGAUUGGGGGAACCAUGUUUCAGGGCGCUAGCCUUCGCUUUAUGGAGCACGUUGAUAUUCCAGGCGCUAUUCAAGACGCUGCAGAGAUCGCUGCAUCUUCUGACGUGGCGGUUGUAUUUGUUGGAACGACGAAUGAGCUUGAGUCUGAGGGUUAUGAUCGCGAUACGAUGGACUUGACGUCUGAUCAGUACGAACUGAUCGACGCAGUGGUAGCAAGCAAUCCCCGCGCAGUUAUUGUCAAUCUCUCAGGAUCUCCCAUCACAGUGUCUCCCUUCAUCGAUCAAGUUCCGUGCUUCCUCCAAGCUUGGUUCGCAGGUCAAGAGUGUGGCCACGCCAUCGCCCGCGUUCUGCUUGGACAUGUGAAUCCAUCGGGCCGAUUGCCUAUGUCAUGGCCGAAGCGGAAUGAGGACAACCCAGCGUAUCCAAAUUUUCCAUGCGAUGAUAAUCUCGAGCUUAAUUACGAGGAGCGUCUCAAGGUUGGAUACCGCUUCUUCGAUGAUGAGGAUGCCCCAGAGCCUCAGUUUCAUUUUGGAGAAGGGCUUUCUUACACGACGUUUGAGUUGGCUGGGCCGGUUAGUGCGAACUCCAACCUCGGUAGUCCGGACACAACGGAGACUUCACUUGUGCUGGAAGUGAAAAACACGGGGACAAGGGAUGGUAAGCAAGUGGUUCAAUUGUAUGUGACUCCUCCACCAUGUGACGGCAAUUCACGGCCGGUCAAGGAUCUCAGAUCGUACUGCAAGGUGUUUAUCCCAGCUGGACAAACAGAGCAGGUUACGUUUAAUCUGGACAAGUACGCUUUCAGCUACUUUGAUGCUGAUGUGGACAAGUGGAAGAUACCCCAAGGCGAGUUCCUUCUUCACGUUUGCUUCAGUUCAGCGGAAACACUCCAAACCGUUAGCAUCAAGAAUAUGGAGACGCAAUACUGGACAGGCCUGUGA